GAAGUAUGUGAUACGUUGACUGUCGGAUGGGAUACAUGAGCUGUAGCGAUGGCAGGUCCAAGUAGGAAGCAGAUGUUGAAGUUUCUUUGUCAGCUUGGAUCGUUUAUUCUGACGCGAUUCGGGUUCUGGAACUGUUUUAGCAUGCUGAUGCUGUUUGCUGAAAGGGCGGACUCAAAGAGAAAACCAGACAUCCAUGUACCAUACCUGUACGUGGACAUGGGAGCAGCUGUCCUCUGCGCUAGCUUCAUGUCUUUUGGAGUGAAGAGGAGGUGGUUCGCUCUGGGUGCUGCCAUCCAGCUGGCCAUCAGUACUUAUGCUUCCUAUGUGGGAGAGCAGGUCUAUUAUGGGGAAUGGUUAAAGGUCCGGAUGUACUCCAGAUCGUUAGCUAUCAUCGGGGGCUUUCUGGUUCUUGCCAGUGGAGCAGGGGAGGUCUACAGGCAGAAGGCUCGCAGCAGAUCCCUGCAGUCCACUGGACAGAUCUUUCUGGGCAUAUAUCUCAUCUGCAUGGUGUACUCGCUGCGGCACAGCAAGGAGGACAGGCAGGCCUACCUGAACCACAUCGCUGGAGGAGAGCUCACUCUGAUGCUGAUAGAAGUGCUGUUUGGCGUUCUGGCUCUCGCCUUUCUCACCGGAUACUACAUCCGCAUGGCGGCUCAGAUCCUAGCCACCGUCCUUCCUCUGGUGAUCCUACUCAUAGACGGAAACCUCGGAUAUUGGCACCACAACCGUAAGGUGGAGUUCUGGAACCAGAUGAAGCUGAUAGGCCACAACGUUGGUAUUUUCGGGGCUGUACUCAUCCUAGCCACUGACGGUUAGACUCCCCCCGGCUUUCAAAGACAGUUUUUAUAUACAGAGGUGUCUGUGCAGGAGCUGCAUCGCGUCAGGAUUUAAACACUCUGCUCGGAAGAGCGCACCAGGUUCAACUUUAGCCACCAGUUGGGAGCUUUUUUACUGUAAGAAAAAGUUUCCUUUUCUGUUGAAAUUGCAAAUGGUUUUAUUUAUUUGGUUACUUGUUUACAGUUGUUAUGCU